AGGAGAGUACCAUACAACUAACGAAGCUAAGACAAAGAGUAGUAGUGCCAUACCCCUCUUAACGAAACCAUGGAUUUGGAUUGGUUGUUCCCAAUAGACAGUAAUUCUUCUUCAUUAACAGCAAUAUUAUUCACUGUGGUGGCGAUCAUGGGAGGGUUGCUGGCCUAUUUGUAUGGGCCAUAUUGGAAGGUGAGGCAGGUUCCAGGCCCACCAACAUGGCCUCUGGUAGGACAUCUUCAUCUCAUGGCUAAGUAUGGUCCUGAUUUGUUCACUCUCCUUGCCAAGCAAUAUGGCCCAAUCUACAGAUUUCAUAUGGGAAGACAGCCACUAAUAAUAAUCGCAGAUCCAGAAGUGUGUAGAGAGGUUGGAACAAGAAAGGCUAAAGAAAUUCCAAACAGAAGCAUGCCCUCCCCUGUUUCUGCUGCCCCUAUUCACCAAAGGGGUCUCUUCUUCACCAAGGAUGAACAAUGGUCUACUAUGAGAAGCACUGUAACUUCCUUCUUCCACACGUCAUUCAUAUCAAGUAUGGUGCCAACAAUGCUGUCAUUCAUAGAACCCGCAACCCAGAUUCUUGAUUCCCAUGCAGAAGCACAACAAGACAUCAACUUCUCUAACUUCUCUCUCAGAUUAGCAACCGAUGUUGUUGGCCAAGCAUCCUUUGGUGUCAACUUCGGCCUCUCCAACCCUCAUUCCACCAAGAAUGAUGCCGAAGAUGGCGAAGAUGAAGUGUCACAAUUCAUCAACCAACAUAUCUUCAACACCACACACCUCAAGAUGGACUUGUCCGGUUCCUUAUCCAUCAUAAUUGGUCUGAUUCUCCCAAUUCUUCAGGAGCCAUGCAGGCAGAUUCUCAAGAGGAUACCUGGCACCAUGGACUGGAAAAUUGAGCAUGGUAAUCGUAGUCUAAGCGGCCGUAUAGAUAGGAUUAUAGAGAAGAGAAUGGAAGAGAAGGGAAGAAGUUCAAAGGAUUUCUUAUCAAUUGUGCUGAGUGGAAGAGAAAGAAAACAGAACUACCUCACACCAGACUACAUAAGUGCUCUUACAUAUGAACAGCUUCUUGCAGGGUCAACUACCACAUCCUUUACCAUGUCUUCCAUUGUAUACUUGGUUGCUGGGCACCCUCACGUUGAGAAAAAGCUUCUUCAAGAGAUUGAUGCUUUUGGUCCAAAGGACAAGAUUCCCACUCCUCGGGAUCUUAAGGAAAAGUUUCCUUAUCUUGACCAGGUGAUUAAUGAGUCAAUGAGGUAUUACAUGGCAUCCCCAUUAAUUGCAAGGGAAGCAUCAACUGAUGUAGAGAUUGGAGGUUACCUUCUUCCCAAGGGGACCUGGGUGUGGUUAGCCCUCGGAGCUCUAUCAAAAGACCCAAAGAGCUUUCCGGAGCCAGAGAAGUUCAAACCGGAGAGGUUUGAUCCAAAUUGUGAAGAAAUGAAAAGAAGGCAUCCCUAUGCUUUUAUUCCAUUUGGAAUUGGUCCCCGGAUUUGCAUUGGCAAGCAAUAUGCUCAACAAGAGGUCAAGCUUACAUUGAUUCAUUUAUACCGCAGAUUCGUGUUUCGCCACUCACCUAACAUGGAAAACCCCUUAGAACUCGACUAUGGUCUUGUUCUCAAUUUCAAGAAUGGUGUCAAGGUCCGAGUUGUAAAAAGAAACAUUGACUAGUUAUCUGAUGAUAAUUCUCAAGAUUAGAGACCAAAGAGGAGAAUUGAAGAUGAACUGAACCAAAAUGCAAUACAAUUUUAUAUUAUAGACCAACUAUGUAUCCCAACCACCUGUGAAAUAAUUGGUCACAAGUACUUUGUUAUAAAAUACUUUCCCCUCAUUAUUCA